CUUUUUUUCCACGUAAUAUUGAUAGCUUCCUGGAGGCGUCAAGGUGGACAUUGUUGCUAUUUUGAAAAGCUGGGAACGCUCUCUACAGAUCCUAGGAAGUGAAGGCGUGAGCAAAGUUCCUGGCAGCAUGAACAAGGCUCUUCAGCACUCGUCAUCACUCGAGUCGCUGUCAAAGAACCAUAGCCAGCAACUUGGAAAGAUCCAGGAACUGAAGAAGCGGCUCGAGACCAGACUAAUGGACACCAACAAGAGGGUGGACAGGUUACGAAGGGAGCAGAGUGUCAAACAGCAGCCGUAUCGGCGCCUGCUUUCAACAAUCGCCAUCGGUAAUCAAGAAGCUGACCCUAUAAACAGCGCAUCAUCUGUAUUGGCGCGUGACGAUCGUCAGGAUGCAGUCGCCUCUGUAAAGCAGAUUUCAUCCGCUCUCGCACCUUCCCUUGACAAUCAUCCAUCGUCAUCGCCAGAUCGCAUACGUGAGCUCAGGAGCCAGAUUUACGAUUCAGUGCGCCAGGACAAGGACCGAGAAUCAGACUCACAUCGCACCCUGCGCCAUGCGCUCAAAGACAGAGGAGCACUGGAUAUUCUGCUGGUCCAGCCUCCAGUGGUUACUGCUGCCCCCCUAGUGAAACCGCGCUCUCCUAUCAGGAUAAUGUCGCGGACGUUGGAGAUGCGCCUUCCUACACCCAAAGUUGUGGACCCUGCCCGGAAAUUAGCGCAGUCGGUUGCCAAAUUGAAAAGCUCUGUCAUUCGGCCCCCACCCAGUAUUCUUGCACGUUUGACGGAAAAGCCUCUACAGACAUCUACCAGGAUAGAUGCACCUAAUGAUUACACGAGCUUGGUAAAGUCUGUAACCAAGCCAGUGCCGGCAGAUCUCGUUGUGUCUAGCGACCUACAGAAAUCGAGACCUGAAGCCCCGCGUAAUUAUGCGCGCGAUGAGAUUCUUUCGCAUUUUAUCCCACCAAAACCCAUAUUCAGGCAGCGACUUGGUGUUUCGCAAAAGAGGAGGCAGUCAUCCGACUUUCAACCUGAGCGCAAUCGAUCAUCUUUGCUCUUUUCGACGCAAAGUCCAGUCCAACGUUCAGAUGAUGACAAUGACUUUGUCCAGCAGAAGGAACUCGUCAAUGUAUUCAGUGUCGACAGGGAAGCCUCUGAAACACCGCCCAAGAGACGCAGAGCAGAAUCGCAGAGUAUUUUCGACGAGGACGCAAGCGAGAUUCUGAGGACACCAUCCAAAAGGCGCAGGGUGGACUCUAUAGAGCAGGAGCUCGUCGGUCGAGGUGCCUCCUCCUUUAGGUUCGAUAUAGAGGUUCCACUCAAAGAAGACGAUACCAAUCGACCCAGCAUGGUGUCGUCAUCCUCCGGCAACAAAUCAAGCACUGCAUCAAAAUUGACACUAGAGGAUCUCCGGGCCCCGACACCAAAGGCUACCAAGACAAGAGGCCUAGAUGAUACCAUGACGAUGCCGAUUAUGCUACUGCACACGCCUCAGCAGAAGAAACUCUUUCAGAUGGAGGCCAGUCAAGUUACGAAGCCUGUCCAGCGCUUUACAGCACUCACACCACCACUCGCAGCGGAUGCAAAAGCGGAUCGUCCGUUUAUAUCGCCAUUAUCCGCUAUCAAACGCUCUCCAUUCUCGUCAUCUAUGUUUAGUCGAUUUAGGGCAGGGAUCGACUUUUCAACAGAAGAAGAUCGGCCUGAUACAGUAGAUUCUGUUUUGUCUGCAAUGGAAGGGUCCCCUUCUGCUAAUUUUCGAACACCCAACAACAAGAGCCCUUUGCGUCCUGCUAGACCGAUGCUCGGUGGAAGGCGUUCUAGGGGCUUAAGCACAUCGUCGAUUGUGAAGCAUCUGUUGACGGGUAACUCAGUUGUACUGGACAGGGUUCGUGGUAAUAACAGUGUGACGUCCCAUCGUCCUGUCCUUGCCGAGAGUGGAUCGAUAUCAAAGGCAGCAGUGGUCGAGAAGGACGGCAGCGUUUCCAAGACUCAGAACUUCGGUUCACGAAAGACUUUGAAAGAAGCAGAGGCCACCGUUACAAAUGUGGGUUCAUCUGCAACUACGGCUGCAACAUCGACUACAGCUGUGGAUCUGAAUGCCAGCCGCAACCUUUGGGGUCGACCACCGUCAUGGAAACCAAAAUCACCGAGGAUGAUUGACAUGGAGAGGAGACGGCAAGCAGAUAGGGCGCACCGAUCAGCAGCCAGAAGCGUGGGAGCAAUGUCGCACUCGUUUGAUUCGUUGUCGCAAUCGACUCUGAGCUCCCUCAAGGUAUCUGUGUAUGGUCGACCGAGUAUUUCAGCCCCGUCAUCGUCGUCAGUGUCUUUCUCUUCGUUGUCUUCGCUUUCGUCAAAGUCUUUUCGUUCGGACUCGAGUCUUGUGUCAGGUCGCCUUCAGGGGGCUAUUCUGGAGAAACCAUCAGGUCAGGAGGAUCAGGCACUGGAGGUCAACAGUGAUGAUGAAGACGAUGAUGUGGGUGAGGAUGAGGAUACACAAGGAUUUAGUCCACCACCUGUGUCGCCCAUUCGCGAGGUACAAUCAGGAUCUUUUCCUUUGUUUUCGGCAUCGACAAUGUCGACAGGCGGACAGAAGACAACGCGGCCAUUUAAUUUUUUUUCCAAAUCUGGACGGGAAGUCGGAGAUGCCUCCAUGAUGGAUAAGGUUGUUGGUUCCAUGGGACAUAUGGCACAGGAUGAUGAGCAAAGCAGGAAAUCACAGAACCGUCCACUCAAACAACAACAACAACAACAACAACAACAACAACAACAACAACAACAAGAACAAGAACAAGAACAAGAACAAGAGCAAGGACAAAAGAACAAAAAAGACGAGAAAGAAGAGUCGGACAGGAAGCAUGUUCUGGAUCAGGCGAUGCCUGAGGACGAAUAUGUGUUUCGCGGUCAAGAUGAGGAUGACACGAUCCUGAAUUCAGCGCUGCAGUUGAUUUUUGAUGGGGAUAAGAGAAAGGAUACUGCGGGGCGGAACAGAGAUAGUGUUCAGGAUCAGGAUCGAGGGCGAAUGAAUAGAACAGGAGCAGGAGGUGUUGGGGGUGGUGAUAGAAGGCGUGGAUUGAAUUCUUUGAGGGCGUCUAAAGGACAGCAGAAGAACGCAGGCGAAGAAGGAGGAGGUGGUGGUGGAGGGCUGUUCGACGAGAUGAUGCCGGAGAGUCUUGAUCCGGAUGAAGUAUUAUGGGAGAACACGGAGAUCUUUUCUUCUUAGCUGUACCUCGUUCUUUUUUGUUAAUAUUGAUACUACUGUAAUUCUAGACUCAUGUGUAUGUGUGGAAUGUACGAAUAGGAGGGGCUCUUCGUUGAGUGUGCCUUUUUUUUUUUUUUUUUUUUUUUUUGGUUGUUGUUGUUGCCACCAAUUCACUAUGGAAAAAGAACAAAUGAGAUCCGCGGAUCAAGACGCGUCAAAGAAAACUCCGCGGUACAUGUGGAUCGUUCCUGUCGCUGUGUGCUCACGUUCUUUUCUUUUCUCGGAUGGCAGGUGGCCUCCAUCGUUCUGCUCUUGACGAAAGAAAUUGAGAACAG